AUGAAGAUACUUGGUAUUUUCCUGACCUUUGUCUUCACUGUGUCUUGUGGUCCAUCAGUUUCACAGAAGAAAACAAGAGACAAAACAAGAGAAAUUACAGUGAGAAAAACAGAAUGUUACCUUGUUCGUGGUGCUUGUAAGACUUCAUGCAACAACUGGGAAUAUAUAUAUAAUUACUGCGACAAUGAGCCCUGCUGUGUUGUACGGGAAUAUAAAAUGCCAACCAGUAAAUAA